AUGGUAGAUCAGUUAAAUCACUAUGUUCGUGACCAACGAGGAAAAAUUUCUCAAUUAUGUAUGUGUGCAGCAAUCAUGCAUAUGCAUCGGUUCUUUUGCUUUCACUCCUUCAAGUUCUUCGACUACAGGGACGUGGCGGCUGCAUGCUUGUUUUUGGCUGGUAAGAGUGAGGAAUGUCCGAGAAAGUUGGAUCACAUUGUGCGCGUUUGGUGGUCAAAAAAGUUUGAACGACAUCCUACGAUUCCUUCAAAUAACCAUUACAUCGAGGCAGCGCAACUUAUUGUGCAGUUGGAGAACAUUAUUCUUCAAACGAUAGCAUUUGAUCUGAAGGUGGAGAUGCCUCAUCCCUUCGUUCUCUCUGCUAUGCACGAGAUCGCCCCUAAUAAUAAGAAGCUCACAGAAUGUGCAUACUUCUUUGCUACCGAUGUGUAA